AUGAGCAUUAACUCAUCAACGACAAUGGUGUGGAGAAUUAAGAACUUCAAGCUAGAAGAGGUUAAACCUGAAGACUUCGGGAAGUUUUUCAGCGGCGAUUCUUACGUUAUUCUCCACACGGAUAAGGUCGGCAAUGAGCUCGUCUACGACGUGUACUUUUGGAUCGGAGCUGAGAGUACCGCAGACGAAUAUGGUACAGCUGCCUACAAAACCGUGGAACUCGACACGUUGUUGGAUGACAAAGCUGUGCAACACCGGGAAGUCGAUGGAUUCGAGUCGCAAGAGUUCAAAUCGUAUUUCCCCAAGCUGGAAAAACUUGCAGGAGGAUACGCUAGCGGAUUCAAUCACGUAAAACCGGAAGAGUUUCGAAACCGCCUAUUAGUAUAUCAUGGGCUGGAUAGAAACCAUGUGGAAUUGUCCGAGGUCAGUUAUACAAGAAGAUCCAUACAGUCUGACGAUGUAUUCAUUUUGGACCUGGGUACAAAAGCGUAUCAAUGGAAUGGAUUUAAUGCCAGCAAAGACGAAAAAUUCAGAGCUAGCCAGUUUCUCCAGCAACUCGAAGCUGAUCGGAAUGGACGUUGUGUCACCGUGGUGAUCGACCAAUCGGACAGGGAGGGCACGGCCGAAUUCAUGUCCCAUCUGCCCGAUGAACCCACCCAUGAAAAGCCUAAACAAGAAAUAGGCAAGAAGGCGAUUUACAAAUUAUCGGACGAGUCUGGUAAACUGAAAGUUUCGUUGGUUUGCGAGGAACAUUUAUCUCGGGGGGCCCUCACGCACGAUGACGCUUAUUUCAUCGACAAUGGAGUCAGCCUGUUCGUAUACAUCGGCAAGAAUUGCUCACGAGCAGAAAAAAUCAACGCCAUACCUCAUGCACAUGAGUACCUGAAAGGAACUACUCAUCCAUUCGUCCCCAUCGUGGUUGUCUCAGAGGGCCGCAAAUCCAAAGAACUAGACAAAGUGUUGGAAUGA